ACACGCGCGCACGCGCGCAGUGUGUCGUGAGCGCUGGGAUGCAGAGCCGCUCCGUCCAGUUUAUCUGGAGCUAUCAGCGGAGCCAGGCAACGGCGGAGGAAACGAGCGACAGCCGCCCUAAAACUGAUGCAUCUUUGCUUCAAACUUAACCACAUCACGAAGAUACAGCCCUUAUGAUCAUGGACAAGGGGCCGCAAGAUUCCCUUAAACUCCUGACCCAGUAGAUGUGCGACAGUCUAGCUGGUUGAAGACUCUUCAUUUUGGCGAAGAAGAACUGGAAUCUUCUGGAGGUCAGACUGAAGUUAGCUGAAGAGAACGGGAAAAGGAACCUGAGCGAUGAAUUAGAGCUGCUCAUGUAACGCAGAAGGAGAGUCGAGAAGCCGAGGAAACCGUUUCAGGAGGAGAUGAAUCGCUACACAACCCUGAAGAAGCUGGGCGACGGCACCUACGGCAGUGUGCUGAUGGGGAGAAGCAACGAGUCCGGAGAACUUGUCGCUAUCAAGAGGAUGAAGAGAAAGUUCUACUCCUGGGAUGAAUGUAUGAACCUGAGGGAAGUCAAGUCUUUGAAGAAGCUCAACCAUGCGAACGUGGUGAAACUGAAGGAGGUUAUCAGAGAGAACGAUCACCUCUACUUUGUUUUUGAGUACAUGAAAGAAAACCUGUACCAGCUGAUGAAGGACAGAGAGAAUAAGAUGUUCACAGAGAAUGAAAUUAGGAACAUCAUGUUUCAAGUGCUGUCUGGCUUGGCUUUUGUGCAUAAGCAUGGUUUCUUCCAUCGUGACAUGAAGCCUGAGAAUCUGCUGUGCAUGGGUCCAGAACUGGUGAAAAUAGCCGAUUUUGGACUGGCCAGGGAGAUCCGCUCCAAACCUCCGUACACGGAUUACGUAUCAACGAGAUGGUACCGAGCCCCCGAGGUGCUGCUAAGGUCAUCUACCUACAGCUCCCCUAUUGAUCUGUGGGCCGUGGGCUGCAUCAUGGCUGAACUCUAUACCCUCAGACCUCUGUUUCCUGGAAAUAGUGAAGUGGAUGAGAUCUUUAAGAUCUGCCAAGUCCUGGGCACGGUUAAGAAGAUGGACUGGCCAGAGGGCCACCAUCUGGCAUCUGCUAUGAACUUUCGCUUUCCCCAAUGUGUGCCGACCAACCUGAAGACCCUUAUUCCAAAUGCCAGCAAGGAGGCUAUUGCGCUGAUGCAGGACCUCCUGCAGUGGGACCCCAAAAAAAGGCCCACCGCUGUACAGGCCUUGCGGUACCCUUAUUUCCAAGUGGGCCAGGUGUUAGGGCCUCGGCCUCAGAGCCAAGAGGUUAAGAAGGUCCAAACCCGGCCAGCGGUCCAGAAGCAGCUCUCCGAGUCAAAGACGGAUCCCCAGCAGUCGUCGUCAGAGUCCAAAGCUUCCGCAUCUAGAAACAGUCAGCCUCUUCAGCAGAUCCCCCUGCCUCAGGUCGACAGUAAAACGGGAGGCGUCAGCCACGCCAAGGCGGAACCAGCAGGCGGUGAAAAUGCUUCAGGGGGCAGCGGGGCGGGGCCGCUGAAGAGCGGCCGCCGUCGCUGGGGACAGGCAGUUUCCAAGACGUCGGACAGCUGGGACGAAUCCGACCAAUCGGAAAGCGCCGCCUCCAACUCCAAGAAGCCCAGCCUGGGGAGCGCGGAGGAGAACAGGAGCCCCAAAGAGCUCUGCUCACAGACCAAGGAGCAGAAACCUCUGUAUUCAUUCAGCACAGUUACAAAGAUCCCCAACAACGUUAAAGUCGGCCUAACGGAUUAUAAUCUUCCGGGAUCAGCAGCACGCCAGCACUAUCUUAGCCAGUCCCGUUACUUACCAGGUUUAAUUGGCAAGAAUCUGACAUCCUCUGGAGAGAAGGAGCUGGGUGGAAUGUCACUGCGGGACCUGUGGGGGAACGCCACACACGCUGUCAAUAAACCUCUCUGCCCCAUAGGGGGAGGAAUAGCCGUCACCAGAGCCAACGCAGAAGAGAACGCCCCUAAAUCGGUGGCUAGCACUCCAGAGAAAACUGUUAGCAAAGAACGAAUACUGGAGAAAAUUGAUCUGUCGAAAGGGAACUUUGUAAGCACCAAAUACAACCUCCCCAGCGGUUACAUCCCUUCUUUCCAAAAGAAAGAGGUGGGCACCGUGGGGCAGAGGAUCCAGCUCGCCCCUCUGGCUGGCCAGCACUCAAUCAAUCUUUCUUCUAAUUCUUCUCCCGAUCAUAAAAAAGAAAAGACCAAAUCCGCAAAACUCAAGCCCAUUUCCAAUUCUUCACUUACUGAAACUAAUGAAGAUUACGAGGGCUGGAAGAGUCGAGCAGACAGGACUCAGGCGAAGGGCAGCAGCAGCUUCUCAGCACUGGGGAAAACCUCCGGCAGCCUCCUGAGCCGGGCUCCGGCCGUGCAGCCGGUCCACGGCAGGGUGGACUGGACAUCCAAGUACAGCGGGAACCGAUAAUCCAAGCGAGCGGGGCGCAACAGCUGGCUGCCGUCGUUGAUGGCAAAUAGAGAUCUUGAGCUGUUUUUCUGCCGCCUCAUUCAACAUAUUUUACCCCAGGAUGUGGUAAACCGAUCAGCUUUUUUUUUUAGUGAACUUGUUUUCUAUGGUUGUACAUGUUUGCCAGGCAUUCUCUAAGUAUUGUUGCGGGGUUCAGUGUGAGCCAAUUCAACUGGUAAUGCUUAAUUGGGUGGGUGGGGAGGGGAUUGCUUUUUUUUAACUUAAUUUUUUUUUGUAAAUAAUUUCUUUUGUUGAAACAUUUACAAAGAUAAAUUCCCACAGCUUCAAUCUUUGGAUUUUAAGUAACGGUUAUGAAUGAUAAUUUUGGUACUGUAAAGCAACCCCCUGGAGUCUUUGUAUUAUGCAACAAAAUAAUUUAAGAUUUUGUAAUGAUUUUAUACUAAUAAACUUCUAGACGUCAAGGGUGUAUUCCUUAAAAAAAAAAAAAAAAAAAAAAA